UAGAACAGGUAAUCCUGUUAGUUGGCCGUGACACGGCCCGGCUUCUGCGUUCGAUUCAGUUCAGUUUGGUGCGCAUCCAUAGUCGCGAUGUGCGACGCGAGAACUCGCAGGGCUGCGCCCGCCAUACGGGAGAAGCUCGCCAUCUAUGAGAACGCUUCGGAGACGGGGACGCUAAGUGAAACCAGUGGCGUGGGGCUCGUACCCACGCUGUGCGACAUGGUGCAAGAGGGGGAGGAAGUGGGGGAGGGGCUGAUCACGCCGCGCCGGCUGCCCAACCCCUGUCUGGAGAACUCACUGCGGAUGGACUUGCACAGGGAGCUGAUGUUCAACCAGAAAAUAGGUAAAAAUGUACUGAACCAGAAGAGUGAACUAGAGAAGGCACUCUCCAAACACAAAGAGAAGCAGCUUAUGAACCAAAUAAAGGAACACAAAGAAACGCCAGAGCUGGAAAAGGCAAUAGCGGAGCGGGCGAGGCGGUUAGAGCAGAUGGAGCAGCCCCCGGAGCCUCAGAUUGAGCCGGGCACGAACCCCACACUGCAGGAGGUGCGCGCGCGACUCCGACAUGCCGCGCCAUCUGCCGCCGCCUCCGCGCACUAAAACACCAGCUACCGGCCUUUCGUACCUCUGAGUUUCUGUAGCAUGAAAAAAACGAUGAUCCAUUUUCAUCCUGGAUCAUAAUAUAGAGGUAUUCCUCUAUAAAAUGUCAAAGUCUCUGGUUUCUACAAAAUUUUUACAUUUUAUAGAGUGAUUCUGAUGUACCUACGGAAGGCUUGUUGCUAUGAGGUGUCGAUUGUACAAUGUUUUCCCGUGGUUAUUUAUUACACUAGUCAGAUACAUCGUGAGCCUUUGAGCCACAUAGACCUUAUUCAUAUAGCUUUAAGAGCAGUUUUUCAUUGCUGCUCCAAAUUAUGAAAGAAGUUUGAUAGAACCUAUGGCUUGUUGUUAAAAAAAAAUAAAGUUUCGCGCAUUUAAAAUUUAAUCACCACGGGAAUCAAUCAUGUAAAUGUUUGACUGCGCUGCGCUUGUAUCGUUUUCUAAAUAUAUUUGUAAUAUUCAUAGAGUAUUAAUAGAUAUAGCAUUUAAAUUAUUGGCAUGUUAAAACGUUGAAAAUCUAUUUACUACUGGAACUACAAAGUAUAAUUCUAUACUUUUAUUAUACAUUCAACGCCAUCUACAAAUCGGCUUCAUCACUAGAGCAUUGUACAUUAUUCGAUAGAUGGCGCUUUAUUGAAACCGUAACGAUAUUUGACGAAAACAAAGCACGAAUCAUUGUUUUAAUGCUUUAAUUGUAAAGUAUUUUGUAAUAAUAUGUUGAUUUCUACUUGUGUAUUAUUAUGUUAAGUGUGGUUAUAGAUUAUUUUUAUGAUGCUAAGUCACUGAAAGUGUCACAAAAUGAUUUGAAAGGUUUUGGUGUUAGGAAGGCUUAUUUUUUAUAGGACAAUUCUUGCGCACGAAAAUGUCGUUUGAAAUAAAUGACGUAUUGAAUAUAUUGAGCCAUUUUAGCGCAUGAGUAGUCUUACAAGAAACAAGCUACUAGGGUUACAAGGAAUUAAUUUUGAUGUCUAUGUUUAAUACACAAACUACUGAAGGAUAUUCGCAAACGAAAUAUUGACUGAAUCGACUACGAGCUAAUAAUGUUAAGGUUAAACGUCGACUUCAAAAGAAGAAAAUAUUUUUCUAAACUUUUUAAAGUCACAAUGUUUAACGUUUCGAAACCCAUUUGUAGCCAUUUACAGUUCUUAUUAAACAUCUUAUUCUCUAGAGUCUAGAUAACUAGAUCGGUAAGGAUCUUACAUAUUUUGUAACAAUAAUUUAGACUAGUUAGGAGUUGAAGAAUUGCGGCUUAGGCCUAGCACUGUACUCGUUCAAAGUAGGAGUGUAAAGUUUUGUAUCUAAUUCAAGUUUCUAUCGACUUUCCUCUUUCGGCUUUCCACAUUUCCUGUCCACGGCUUAGUGCUAAAAAGAUAAAUUAAAUGCCACGAUAAAUCUGCAUUCUCUACUUACAAUUUACGUGUCAAAUUUCUCAUUCAUACUGGCUUGAGAAGUCUAAAAUCAUGUUCUGUUUGGAAUAUUGAGUAAAAUAUUUUUUCGUUAAUAAAUAAUGUGGCAUAUUUUUUUCUAAUUUGGCACGGAAGCCCCUGUAUGUAUUGUAACAAAGUGUUCAUGAUCGUGAUAGAUAUGAAGAAUAUUUUUAUAUUUUUUUAAAUGUAAAACCUAUAGAAAUCCUAUUUCUGAUACCUUAAACCUAUUCCAUAGAGCAGUAACUGUUAAGUUUAAUGGUAGAUAAGAAAUGUAUAAAAAAAGCGUUAAGACAAGAUUUAUUUACAUAGCCUUCGUAGCAUACAAUACUAGCGUUCUUACAAUUCAGACUGAGGUAUAGUUGCAUAAAAAACAGUUUUUUUUUCUCUAAGUUUAAAAUGCAUCAAUUAUUAUUUCUCUUCUCUAUAGUCUUUUUGUAUUAUAAUCUAUUUACAAUACUUUUUGACGAUUAUUCUUAGUUACUCGUAUUCCCUUUGUCUGCAACUAGUCUUCAGACUUGUAGAACGUUUUUAUUGAUAAUAAAGAAUCUCUUUCUAAAGUUAUAAGUAAUAUAGAAAUACCACUUACACAUCUAAAAUAUGCACGAAGUUCUUCCAAUAACUCUGUCAAAUGUAGUAAAUAAUAUGUAGAAUGUUACAUUUUUAAAAAGACUUAUUUUACAGGUUUUUAAAUUGUCGCCAACUUCAAUCCUAAAGAUCAACCAAUAGCGAAUCGUUUUAAUUGUAUUUGACCAAUGGCAUAAUAGUUUGAUACGUCAGAAGUUAUACGAACAUUAUAACCUGAUCAUAUCACAAAACACCUAUUACUUAUAUUACGUUAGUUUCAAGUAAACUAUGUAGUUACCUUCAUAAAAAUACAAUAUGCAAAAUAGUUAAUUAUUCAGUUAAUUACAUCUACACAACUACUUACAUAAAUAAUACCAACUUAUUUGAUUAUAUCUAUGAUAUAAUUUCUUUAUAGAACCGUACUAAACCAUACAUUUUAUGGUUCUGUAUCUAGCUAUUUUUUUAAGUUUACAUAUUAUUAUUACUUACCUAAUCACUCCAAGUUUUUUGUAAACUGAUUUUCAUUUUUUUGUAAAUUUUAAAGUGAAGAAAUGUUCUUGAACAUUAUCUUAUUGAAUAAUUUGAAAUAUCGUGUCGCUCAUAUCUAGUCUGAUUCAACACAUAAGACUCCUUUUAGAACAAAGUUACAAUUAUGUUCUCCAUUGUGCCUAUUUAUUGUUAUUUUUCAAAGUUAAAUUUAUGUAGUAAAUGAAAAAAGUUUCUUUUGCCCGGUUUCUGAAGUGAAUUUAUUAGUUUUUUAUGUUCAGUUUGCAAGGUUCUUGAUACAACAUGCUCCGUUUUCCAUGGGCUAAAGUCAAAAACCAAUCCCCAAUAGUUUCAACGACGCUAUUUAAAAGAUAAAUUCUCAAGACAAAAAGUUCAUAAACUGGUCAUUGAUUGGUUGAUGCAAAUGAUCAUAAACCGUAAACUCACCCCAGGAACCGGACAUAUUUCAUUCCACUUGUUGAUUCUUUCACUUUAUUUCCCUUCUUAAUUAAUUUAGGGGACUUAGUACAAAGUGGCUUGUUCGUUAGGUUUUGGUUUCAGCUUCUGAGCUGUUCGUACGGUGGCCAUUCGUUUGAUAUUGUGAUUAGUGGUAAGUGACAUUUCUUUAUGAGAAAUUGUAAUAACAUUUGAUAAUUAUAGACCAAUAAAAAUGUUUUAGAAUUAA